AUGGGCUUUGCCCUGGAGCGCUUCGCCGAAGCGGUGGACCCGGAUUUCGAGUGCAAGCUGUGCGGCCAGGUGCUGGAGGAGCCCCUCUGCACACCGUGCGGACACGUCUUCUGCGCCAGCUGCCUCCUGCCCUGGGUGGUGCGGCGGCGCCGGUGCCCGCUGCAGUGCCAGCCCCUGGCGCCCGGCAAGCUGUGCCGGGUGCUGCCUCUGCGCAGCCUCGUCCAGAAGCUGCGCGUCCAGUGCGACUACCGCGCCCGCGGCUGCGCCCGCGCGGUCCCGCUGCAAGAGCUGGCUGCGCACGUGGAGCGCUGCGACUUCGGCCCUGCCCGCCGCCGCCGGCGGGGCUGCGUCUCGGGGCCCGGCGGCCGCGGCGGCGGGGACGUGCCCGCGCGGGGGGGCUGCGCCGCGGCGCCGGGGCCGGGCCGGGGCGGGGGCGCGCGCGGGGGGCCGCCGGGCGUCCGCGGCGGCGGCGGCGGCGGCGGCGGGCGGGGGCCCCGGCCGCGAGUCCUCGCCUGGAGGCGGCGCGAGAAGGCGCUGCUGGCGCAGCUCUGGGCGCUGCAGGGCGAGGUGCAGCUCACGGCCCGCAGGUACCGGGAGAAGUUCGCCCAGUACAUGGCUCACGUCCGCAACUUCGCCGGAGACCUGGGCGGCGGCCACGGCCGGGAUGGAGAACAUAAGCCGCUCACCAUUAUGUUAGAAAGAGAAAAUGACACAUUGGGAUUCAAUAUUAUCGGAGGUCGACCAAAUCAGAAUAAUAAGGAAGAAACAUCAAAGGAAGGGAUUUAUGUUUCAAAAAUUUUGGAAAAUGGACCUGCUGACAGAGCAGAUGGCCUGGAGAUUCAUGACAAAAUCAUUGAGGUCAAUGGGAAGGAUCUCUCAAAGGCCACCCAUGAAGAGGCAGUGGAAGCUUUCCGAAAUGCCAAGGAGCCCAUUGUGGUCCAGGUGCUAAGACGGACACCUCUCAGUAAGCCAGCUUAUGCAUCGGUCCCGGAAGUGCAGCUCAUGGACGCCAGCACUCAGACAGACAUCACCUUUGAACACAUCAUGGCCCUGGCCAAACUUAGGCCACCUACUCCUCCAGUGCCAGACAUCUGUCCAUUUCUGCUCUCAGACAGCUGCCACUCUCUUCAUCCGAUGGAGCAUGAAUUUUAUGAGGACAAUGAGUAUCUUUCCAGCUUGCCUGCGGAUGCAGACAGAGCAGAGGAUUUUGAAUACGAGGAGGUCGAGCUGUGUCGUGUUAGCAGUCAAGAGAAGCUGGGCCUGACAGUCUGUUACCGAACAGAUGAUGAAGAAGACACGGGCAUUUAUGUCAGCGAGGUAGAUCCAAAUAGCAUUGCUGCCAAAGAUGGCCGAAUUCGAGAAGGGGAUCGUAUUUUGCAAAUAAAUGGGGAAGACGUCCAGAAUCGAGAAGAAGCAGUGGCGUUGCUGUCGAGUGAGGAGUGCAAGAGAAUCGUGCUGCUCGUCGCAAGGCCAGAGGCUCAGCUGGAUGAAGGCUGGCUGGAAGAUGAAAGGAAUGAAUUCUUAGAGGAGUUAAACUUGGAGAUGCUGGAAGAGCAGCAUAAUGAAGCAAUGCAGCGCACGGCCAAUGAGGUGGAGCAGCCAAAAAAACAAGAAGAAGAAGAGGGCACAACAGAUACGGCAACGUCCUCCUCCAACAACCACGAGAAGGACAGUGGGGUGGGGCGCACCGAUGAAAGCUUGCGGAACGACGAGAGCUCAGAGCAGGAGAACGCAGCCGAGGGUCCCAACAGCGCAUCUCUGAAGAGCAAGAGAGAGCUGGGGCAGAGCCAAGACACGCUAGGAAGCGUGGAGCUCCAGUGUAAUGAGAGCUUCGUGUCUGGUGAAUACAUCGACUCAGACUGCAUUGGCAACCCAGAUGAGGAGUGUGAAAGAUUCCGACAGCUCUUGGAGCUCAAAUGCAAGAUUCGGAACCAUGGGGAAUAUGACCUGUAUUACUCGAGCAGCACAAUAGAAUGCCAUCAAGGGGAACAAGAGGGAGUGGAGCACGAGCUACAGUUGCUUAACGAAGAACUGAGAAACAUUGAGCUGGAGUGCCAGAACAUCAUGCAGGCUCACCGCCUCCAGAAAGUGACAGACCAGUAUGGCGACCUCUGGGCGCUGCAUGAUGGAGGAUUCCGGAAUUAUAACACCAGCCUAGAUAUGCAAAGGGGAAAGCUAGAUGACAUCAUCGAGCACCCAGAAAAGUCCGACAAGGACAGUUCUAGCGCUUACAACACAGCUGAAAGCUGCCGAAGCACUCCACUCACCGUGGACCGUUCCCCUGACAGUUCCCUGCCGAGAAUGAUCAACCUCACCAAUAAGAAAAACCUGAGAAGCACAAUGGCUGCCAAUCAGUCUUCUUCCGGGCUGAGCAGUAAAGAGUUGACCUCCACCAAAGCCAGAACCACUGAAGCAGGUGGCAGCAUUGAAGGCAAGGAGGUUUCAGAGAGCAACAGGCUUUCUGAUCAGGAGAAAUCGAGCAGGGAACACAUCCCUUACCUCUCUCCUUACCACAGCUCUUCCUAUAGAUAUGCAAACAUCCCAGCCCAUGCCCGCCAUUAUCAAAGCUACAUGCAGUUGAUUCAACAGAAAUCUGCAGUUGAGUAUGCUCAGAGUCAGCUGAGUUUAGUGAGCAUGUGCAAGGAGUCUCAGAAGUGUUCAGAGCCCAAGAUGGAAUGGAAGGUGAAAAUUCGGAGCGACGGGACACGGUACAUAACAAAGAGACCAGUACGAGACCGGAUUCUGAGGGAACGUGCCUUAAAGAUCAAGGAGGAGCGCAGUGGGAUGACGACAGAUGAUGACACCAUGAGCGAGAUGAAAAUGGGCCGCUACUGGAGCAAAGAGGAAAGAAAGCAACACCUGGUUCGGGCCAAGGAGCAGCGGCGGCGCCGGGAGUUCAUGAUGCGGAGCCGGUUGGAGUGUCUCAAGGAGAGCCCCCAGAGUGGCAGCGAGGGCAGAAAGGAGAUCAGCAUCCUUGAACUGAGUCACAAAAAGAUGAUGAAAAAAAGAAACAAGAAAAUUUUGGACAACUGGAUGACAAUCCAAGAACUGAUGACCCAUGGGGCCAAAUCUCCUGAUGGCACAAGAGUUCAUAAUGCCUUUUUGUCAGUCACCACCGUAUGACCGAAUGAACAGCGAUGCAGCCGAUGUUAGGAGGGCGCUACCAGUUUGGGUAGAGUAUGAUUGCCUCGUUCAAUGUGGCAUUUUUAUAUAUAUUUUGUGACUCUUUAUAGUUUAAAUUUUUUGUAAGCAAAAAUACCUGGUAAUUUUUCAUUUGUUGUUCAUAUACUGUUAACUUCUUUUUGGCUGAGAUCUUUCUUUAACUUGUGAUAUAUUCAUAUUACUCAUUUAUAUA